AUGGACAACUACCACUACGCAUUGACCGCCGAGCAGCUCCAGAGCUUCCAGGAGCGCGGCUAUCUGCUCGUGCCCGGGUUCUUCAAAGGCGACGAGGUCGAGCUCCUGCAGCAAUGGGCCCAGGAGGUGCAUGACUUGCCGCGGACCCCCGGAGUGCCCUGGAUGCCGUAUGAGGAGGUCAAUGGUCAAGGCGACCGGGUCUUGUGCCGAACAGAGAACUUCGCCAACAGCCACCUGGGAUUCGACAGUUUUCUUCGUGGCCAGCGUGCGACGAGUACGUUGCAGCAGCUAGCGGGCGAGGACAUGCUGUUGUUCAAGGAAAAGAUCAACUACAAGCUUGCUGGAAGUGGCGGCUUUGACCCGCAUAUUGAUGCCAACGCAUACACUCACGUCAAGAACAUCAAACACUUGACGAUCUUAGCCGCCGUGGAUACGAUGAACGCGGCUAACGGCGGCCUGGAAGUGGUCAACGGCAGCCACCGCAUGGAGGUGCCUCUAGGCGAGGAUCGUUGCAUUGAACCCGCCUGGGUCAAGAGUCAAACUUGGACCCCCUGUGAUCUCCAGCCAGGUGAUAUCUUGGUCUUCGGAUCCUAUUUGGCCCAUCGCAGCGGUGCCAACACCAGCUCCAAGGCCCGUCGCGCCAUCUACGCGACUUACAACUGUGCCGCUGAGGGAGAUCUGCAUGAUCAGUACUAUGAAGACCGGCAAAAGCUGUGGCCGGCGACCCAUAUGCGAAAGCAGGGCGAGUCGUAUGAGGCGGGGCGAGUGCGUUACGCCUUUGGCACCCCUAUGUUGACAGUAGAUCCGAACGCCAAGGCACAAGCUGUGCCGGCAGUUUAG